GCCAGGACGGGCGAUCUCAGAUAAGAUUUUGCAAUUGUACAUCGAUCGUUUGCUCCGAAGCCUGCGCAGUUUUUCUUGUAUAUUCUACCACAUCAAGCCAUUGUACCUCUGUCAAUAUAUUAUCAGCUACUGUUUACCCUUCUACACCAUCCAUCCUACCCAUGUCGUACUGAGCCUCUUGAGCUUGUAUAGCUGCACCACCACAUCUCAAAGCCAUGCCUCGCGGCGACCAAGAACGCACCCCCGAAGACCGCGAACGUCGCCGCCGCGAACGACAGCGUCGCGAACGGGACAAAGAUCGCGAUCCCGAGUCCCGCCGCGAGAGAGACCGAGAUGGCGACCGCGAGCGUCGCCGUCGGACGGAUCCCGACCGUGACCCCGAAAGAAGGCACCGUCGUCGUCAUGGUCACCGCAAGACUGAGAGCACAAAUGAGCUGCUUCCCCGCGAGGAAGAGUCCCCGAGCCCCAUUAUAGCACCCAAAGCGCGUCGGCGCGACUCGUCAAGCUAUGGAUAUGGGACGGGGGAAAGUAGCCGAGGGAGUGGGAAGCCGUUGGUGGCGGGGUCGCUGGCGGCGCUGGACAAGGCAAACUUCAAAAGCGGGUGGGGGAAGGGUGAGAAUGGCGUUGAUGGCGGGUAUGUGGAGAAUGUGAGGAGGAAAGAGCAGAAGCUGGAGGAUGCUCGGAUGGAAGAGGAGGAUGCUCAGAGGAGAGAAAAUGAGGCUAAAGAGAAGGAAGAGAGGAGGAGAGCCGAGCGAGAGCGGAUAUUGGCCGAGAAAAGGAGGGCAGAAAGGGCGAGGAGGAGGGAUACUGAUGAUAUGGGGAUACGAGUCAGGCCUAUGGAUGAAGAUGAGGAUGAUACUGCAGGACAUAGACGAGGGCGGAAAGAUUACACAGACUCAGAAAUCGACCGAAAGGAAGAACGGCGGCGGAGAAGGAGAGAAGAACGGAAACGCAGAGUGGUCAGCGGGCCUCUGGCGGAAGAGGGUGAUAUCCACGACGAUGACUACGAUGCGAUUCCGGAGAAGAGAGGCGGUGCGGGAGGGAAGAGUGACGCCGACUACUACUACGAGGAUCUGGAAGCCAAGAGGAAGAGGAAGAAAUGGAUAAUGAUAGCUAUUGGGGUAUCGCUCGUCCUGAUUGCGGUCAUAGUCAUUGUUGCGGUGGUGGUAUCCAAGAAGAACAAGGAUUCGUCAUCGACAGCAGAUUCCGGAGCAGCCUCGGGGAAGCCAGCCAACACGGAGCUCGAUGGUAUUUCCGAGAGUGAUAUCCCAGAAAGUGCUCGCGGCGGCCUCUUGGACCCAUUCACUUGGUACGACACGACGGACUUUAACGUGACAUACACGGAAGAGACCGUUGGAGGACUAUCAGUCAUGGGCCUCAACUCUACCUGGGACGACAAUGUGCAAGCCAACGAGAAAGUUCCCAACCUCCAAGAUUCAUUCGGCUAUGGCAAGCUCCCCAUCCGGGGAGUCAACGUCGGCGGCUGGCUCAACAUCGAGCCAUUCAUCACACCCUCCCUCUUCGAGCAAUGGAGCACCCGCGACGGCGUCAUCGACGAAUGGACCCUCACCACCAAACUCGGCCCAACAAAAGCCGCCCAGACGCUCGAAGCGCACUACUCCAGCUUCAUCACGCGCAAAAGCUUCGAGGACAUCCGCGCCGCCGGCUUCGACCACGUCCGCAUCCCCUACGGCUACUGGGCCGUGACCAUCUACGACAACGACCCCUACGUCGCCCGCAUCUCCUGGCGCUACCUCCUCCGCGGCCUCGAAUACGCCCGCCAGUCCGGCCUCCGCGUCAACCUCGACCUCCACGGCCUGCCCGGCUCCCAAAACGGCUGGAACCACUCCGGCCGCCAGGGCACAAUCGGCUGGCUGAACGGCACAGACGGCGACCUCAACGCCCAGCGCUCCCUCGACAUCCACGCCCAGCUCUCCACCUUCUUCGCCCAGCCCCGCUACAAAAACCUCAUCACCCUCUACGGCCUCGCCAACGAACCCCGCAUGGUCGACCUCAACACCAACGCCGUCCUCAACUGGACCAAGACCGCCACCGCCCUCAUCCGCGCAAACGGCCUCGACCACCCAAUCGUCGUCUUCGGCGACGGCUUCAUGGGCCUAGACAAGUGGCAGGGCCGCCUCGCGGACACGCCCAACCUCCUCCUCGACGUCCACCAAUACGUCAUCUUCAACACCGACCAAAUCACCCUCCCCCACGCCGACAAAGUCGCCUUCGCCUGCACAGACUGGUCCGCCCAGACCCUCCGCUCCUCCGACACCGAAACCGGCUUCGGCCCCACCAUCUGCGGCGAAUGGAGCCAGGCAGACGCCGACUGCGCCCCCUUCAUCAACAACGUAGGCCAAGGCACCCGCUGGGAAGGCACAUACAACACAGGCAACGCAUCCACCUCCGUGCUGGACCCUACCUGUCCCACGCACAACAACCCAACCUGUAGCUGUGCAAAGGCGAAUGCCGAGCCGGGGUCUUAUAGCGAGGGGUACAAGGCCUUUUUGAGGGAUUUUGCAGAGGCUCAGAUGGAGAGCUUUGAGAAGGGCUGGGGCUGGUUUUAUUGGACUUGGGAGACGGAAAGGGCGGUGCAGUGGAGUUAUCGCAGGGGGGUGGAGGCGGGGAUUUUGCCGAGGAGGACGUGGGAGAGGGGGUUUAGGUGUGAGGGGCGUGGG